AUGGCAAAAAUGAAUUUCAAAGUUCACCUUGAAAAACUACUUAAUAAAGAAUUAUUAUCCUCAUCAAAUGAUAAAAAUCAAAUCAUUUCUGGUUAUAAAUCUUUAGUUAAUACUCUUCAAAUACCACAAAUAGGUCAACAAUUACAUGAUUGUCAUGAUUUACUUUUUCAAUGUAUAUCUCAAAUAAUCCUUACACCAUAUAAUCAAUAUUUUGAUGAUGAACAAUUACACGUAUUACUUGAAUCAGCAUCAAAUGCAUGUGUAUUAACCAUGUCACAAAAUCAAAUUAUUGAUGGUUGGUUACAGAAUAUAGAAGAACGUACAUUUGAAAAACCCGAUAACUAUGAAGAUGAUGAUGAUGAUGAUUUAUAUGAAGAUGCAAGUGAAAGUGAAGAAGAAGAAGAAGAAGAAAAGAAAAUACCAAUACGAAAUAAUAGUAAAAAGUUAAAUCCAACUAAAGACAUUCGACAUACACAAAAACAAGGUUUUACUGCUAAACCUUUACAUAAUAAUUCAAAUCCAAUAUUAUUAACAAAACCAAUAUCAAAUGAACGAAAUAUUCCUACGACACAUCCUCGUAAUCAUCAAGAAACUAAUGAAAAUAGUAAUCGAGGAGCAAGAAAUGCAAAUAAUAGUAGAGGACGAGGACGUCGAGCACCUCAAUUCGAUAAUAAAUAUGGUGUUGAUCUUCGACUUUAUGAUUGCUAUAAUUGUGGUGAAUAUGGUCAUGUUCGAUAUGAUUGUCCUAAGAAAUUAAAGAACUCUAAAGAUACUCGUCCUAAUGUCAAAGAAAUCAAUCGAUCCAAAUCACCAUCUAUUGAUAUAAAUCUUAAUGAAAUUGAUCAAAGCAGUAUUCAACAAGUUUAUAAUCUAUCAUCGAAAUUAUUAAAUAGUUCUCAAACACUCAAUGAAAGAAAUCAAACAUUUGAUUCAUUUAUUUUACUUAUAAAAAAACUUUCGAAACAAUAUGGUGAAAAUCUUUUAAAGAUUUUUCAAGAAAAAGAAUCAACAUUCUAUCCAUUGAUUUGUCAUAUUGCUCAAAAUGAUUUUCUAUUUACAAAUGAUCAAUAUAUUCAAUUAUAUAAUUUAAAACAUAUUUUAUUAUCAUCGCGAAAACAAAAUUCAUUAGAUCAAGACCGUUUAAAAUUUUGUCGACAACGUUCUUUAUUAUCCUUAAAUCUUAUAAAAGAACAUAUUGAAAAUACAACACAAAUUCAACAGACAAUAUUCAAUGAUUUUCAAGAAUAUAUUAUUCGUUCAAAAUUUCCUAUAUCAACAAUAUUAUUUGAUUUAAUAAAAUAUAUAUUACAAUCAAAUAUUUAUAUUGAUAUUCAAUGGUUUGAAUAUUUUACAAAACGAAUUUUAUUUGAUUUGAAAAAAGACUGUUUUUCUAAAGAACAAUUUGAUGAACUUAUUUUAAAUUUGAAUCUUCGGAUAAAACGUUAUGAACUAAAUAAUAAAAAACAAAUAUGGAAAGAACGUUUAAAUUUAUUUAAAAAUGAUAAAUUAACCGUUGAUCUUAAUCAAUGGAUAUUAGAAUUGAAUGAAAUUUUAAAAAUAAAUUCAAAUGAAUUAAAACAACAAACAUCAACAAUUGUGAUUAAUCAUCCUAUGUGGUAUUUUGCUGUUUUAUUAAUGGCAAGUAGUGGGCAUUUAAAUAAAGAACAAUAUGAAAAUUUAUUGAAAUAUGCCAUUCAAUCACCGUUAUUUAAUUCGAUACAGAAAUUUUAUUUUCAAUUUUAUUUAAAUCAAGGUCAAGCACCAAUUAUGAUGAAUGAAUUAAAAGAAAUUAAGAUUAAAUUAGCAAGUAAUAAUAUAGAUGAGAAAAAAUUAGGUUAUGAACAAAUUAAAAUGAUACUUGAAAGAUCAAAACCAGUAUUUAAUAAUGAAAAAAUUGAACAAUCUACUGCGAAUAAUAAUGAUCAGUUAACAAAAAUGGAUGAUAUUAUUCCAAUAAUUGACAAUCAUAUACUUCUCCAUCUUAUAUCUCUCGUUGAAAUGAUAUGUUCUGAUAAAAAUACAUUUUCAAAUGAACAAUGUACAGAAUUACUAGAUAAAUUUCUUCAACAAUCAUCAAUUGUUCGCCCAUUAUCAAAUGCUGAUCAACAACGAUUAAAAUCUUAUUAUUUACGUCCAAUAUCAUUAAUUGAAUUGAAAGAUUUAUGUUCAUCAAUAUCAUCUGAUUUAAAUGAUUUUCUAUGUUUAUUAAAAUCUCAAACAUUAAGAAAUAAUGAUGAAAUAUAUGAUUAUCUUACUCAAACAAUUGUAAAUAUAUUUGAAAAUCAACGAAAAUAUUCGAAUGAAAAAUGUCGAGAAUUAAAAGAUUUAAUUGAGAAAAAAACAUUUGGAAGCCAACGUUAUCAUUUAAUCAAUGAUUCUUAUCAAAAAUUUCGUUUAAAUAAAAGAAAUAUUCCACUAAUAAAUCCAAUCAUUCUCAAUAAUUUAUUAACUAAUAUUCUUUCUCAUGAUUAUCAAGCACAUUUGGAGUUUUUCACUUUAUUAGAAGAAUAUUCUCAAAAUAUUCCUGUCGAACAAACAUCAAUUGAAUUUGAAAUUAAUCGUUGUUUAUUCUCAACAAUAAUUCUGAUUAUAUCCGAAGCUGAUUUUACAAAUUCAAAAAAUAUUGAUUUCUUUCGUCACCAUUUAAGAACAAUAAUCGACAAACAAUCCGGAUUUUUUUCUUCCCUCCUUACUGAACAACAAUAUAAACUUGUUUAUUCACGUUUAAAAUCAGAAUCAAAUCUUGAUCUAUUAAUCGAAUCAUUAAAAACAAAUUUAAACGAAGAGAAUUUUAUUAAUUUAAUUAAUUUUAUUCGAAAUGAUUUAAAUGACAAAAAUGAUUUUGAAAAACUAAUUCAGUUUUUAUUUUAUACAUUUGAUAAUGAAUAUUUAUCAAUUGAACAAACACUUCAAAUAUCAAAUUUAAUAAAUCAACAUUCGAAAUUCAAUAUAAAAUCAUUAAAAAAUCUUCUAAAAUUUCUUAUUGAAUUACUUCAAUCUAAUAUUCAUUCAUCUCCAAAGAUAUUCUUAAAUUUAAUUGAAAAUAAACAACAUAAUGAUGAAACAAUGAAACAAAUUCUAACUAUAUUAAAAGCUCAAAAUGGAAAAUAUGCAAUUGCAGAUUGGAAAAAAACCAUGAUUCAUAUAUUAACUAUACUUUUUGAUCGAAAAGAAAAUUCUGAACAAUUAAAAGAUAUUGCCCAACAAUCACCAAUGUUUCAAGUACCGAUAUUUAAGCAACAAUUAGCAUCCUGUUGGAAUAAACAAUCGGAUGAAAAUAAAGUUUCUGCUAUUCCAAAAAACAGUACGAAAGGCAAGCAAUCUGCUACUCAUCGUGAAAUGUUUCAUUGUUUGGAAUCUAAUGAUCCAUCAAUGAAUGCGCUUGUUGUACAACAAAUACGGGCUUAUCUUAUUGAGAAACAACUUCCAACUGAAAUUUCACUUGCAAAAUUUAUACAGGCUCUUGAAACUAUUAUUAAAAAUUCCAAAAAAUUUACAACAGUAUCAUUUGAUGAAUUAGCAACAUUGAUAUCAGAUAAUCGAGGAAAGAUUUUUUCAACAGAUACUCAAUGUGAUCAAUUGUUGAUCAGUAUCCUUUUCGGUCGUUUUCAUAUGUCAGUUGAUACAUUAAAUUCUAUACCUCAUUUAAUUCAAUCAAGAAAAGCUCAUGAAAGACAUGAUGGUCUUCAAAACUUACUUCUAAUUUUGAAAAAUACUCAAAUAAGUAAAAGUGGAAAACAACAACUAAGCAAUUUACCUGGAAUAUCAAAUCAACUCUAUAAUUUAAUAACUCGAGUUGUAUUUGAUGAAAAAUUUAAUGAUAGUCAAGUACGACAAUGCUUAGCAGCAGCUAGAAAUACUUAUUUAUUAAAUAAUGAACAUCGGCAAAAGCUAAAUGAGAUUUAG